CUCAACGAAGCAAUGCUGUUUUGAAACAAUGGCAGAGGCGGAACCCAGCAAUGGCUACUGCAGCAGCAGUGGCGAAGAAGACGGUGACGCCGCAUGGAGAGCCGCCAUCGAUUCCGUCGCCGGAACUUCCUCCUAUAUCACUUCCAUCAUGAAUGGGGCUUCCGCCACCAAUAACAAUGAACCCAAGAAGCAUAGUGACCACAACCCUAAAACCCCAAAGUUAAAGCAUUACCAACUAAAGGCACAAAAGCUUUUGGAUGAAAUGUUGGAAAAUACUAUAGAGAUAGUGAAAGCUCCUGUCCUUGACCAAGAUGAGGAUCCUACUAUCAAUGAUUGCGGCAUUCGUCUGUUUAAACAUUCUAAACCAGGAAUUAUUCUUGAUCAAGCAGAUGAACCUCAACCGCCAAGGAAACGACCUAGAAUAGUUCCGGGAGAAGAUAUUGAUGAGAAAUCAAAAAAGUUUAGAAGAAGAAUUCAGUCUAUUGUUGUAGAUGGGAAGGAUUUAAUUGCUGCAGCAAAUGAUGCACACAAGAAGGCAUUAGCUAGACUAGAAGCUAAAGAUGCAGCAGCGAAAGCUGCAGCCAAGAGAGAGGAGGAAAGAGUUGAGAAAUUGAAAAGGAUUAGGGGAGAGAGGUGGCUACCGUCCAUGGCCAAGGAGAUGAAGGUUAAACAUUAACACUGACAAUGUCUUCGGAGAUGCUGGUUAAGCAUCAACACUGACACUGUCUUCGGAAAUAUUACAUUAGGUUUUCGCUAUAAGAUUUUGGUUUGAUUGAAAAAUACGUUUCUGAUCUUAUAGUAUUUAAAAUGAUAGAGGGUGUAUGCAUAAUUAUGGAUGAUAUGUGUAACACAGGCCUUUCAUGAAGCACUCGUUGGAAGUUUUGGGUCGAAUAAUCUAAUCUGUAUUGUGAAA